CACAGAUACAGUAAUUCGUAGUAUUCGCCAAAGUUCCUUUUGCAACUUUCAAAAAGUGCAAAAACAAGACCACUUUUUCGUAAUAAGAUAGUAGCAAAAAAGCACGACUAUUCCAUAAAACUGUCCACGUCCCUCCAGAAAACUCCCCCCACAUGCGAUUUGCCACGUGUCCCCACUCAACUACACACAAAGCCAUUUUAAAUCAAAUUAUUAAUCAAACUUAAAAAACGUAAUCGUGUGCUGAUGAUGAUGAUGACACUGUCACUGCCUCAAAAACCUCUAUAAAUUAGUCCUCUUCACCGAAUCCUUGUAAAUCAUUACUGUACUUUUCUCUCUUAACGGUUUCUUUAUUAUUCUUCCCAUUCUACCCCUCUUCUUCCUUCUAAUUCCCCCUCAAAUGCCACUGUCUUCUCACUAAACUCCAAAACCCACCGGAAAAAAUGAUUACGUGGCACGACUUGUACACCGUCCUCACCGCCGUGGUACCACUUUACGUAGCUAUGAUUCUCGCCUACGGAUCCGUACAGUGGUGGAAGAUAUUCUCACCAGACCAGUGCUCCGGCAUCAACCGCUUCGUCGCUAUCUUCGCCGUCCCUCUCCUCUCCUUCCACUUCAUCUCCACCAACGAUCCUUACGCCAUGAAUUUCCGCUUCGUCGCCGCCGACACGCUUCAAAAAAUCAUCAUGCUCGUCUUACUUGCUCUAUGGGCUAACCUAACCAAGAACGGUAGCUUGGAGUGGAUGAUCACAAUCUUCUCUCUCAGCACUCUCCCAAACACUCUUGUCAUGGGGAUCCCUCUGUUGAUCGCCAUGUACGGAACCUACGCAGGUUCUCUAAUGGUCCAAGUCGUUGUUCUUCAGUGUAUCAUUUGGUACACUCUCCUUCUCUUCCUCUUCGAGUACCGUGGCGCUAAGCUUCUUAUUAUGGAGCAGUUCCCGGAGACUGGUGCGUCUAUUGUUUCGUUUAAAGUUGAAUCCGACGUCGUUUCUCUCGACGGUCAUGAUUUUCUUGAGACGGAUGCUGAGAUAGGAAACGACGGGAAGCUUCAUGUUACCGUGAGGAAAUCAAACGCAUCGAGACGGUCACUGAUGAUGACUCCACGGCCUUCGAAUCUUACCGGAGCUGAGAUCUAUAGUCUUAGUUCGACUCCGAGAGGUUCUAACUUUAACCAUUCUGAUUUUUACUCUGUUAUGGGGUUUCCCGGCGGGAGGCUUUCGAAUUUUGGUCCGGCGGAUUUGUACUCCGUUCAAUCUUCUCGUGGUCCGACUCCACGGCCUUCGAACUUCGAAGAGAACAACGCCGUUAAAUAUGGAUUUUACAAUAACACUAACAGUUCUGUUCCGGCGGCCGGUUCGUACCCGGCUCCGAACCCGGAGUUUUCAACCGGUACGGGUGUUUCAACUAAACCGAAUAAAAUUCCUAAAGAAAACCAACAGCAACUGCAAGAGAAAGAUAGCAAAGCGAGCCAUGACGCUAAGGAGCUUCACAUGUUUGUUUGGAGCUCAAGCGCUUCUCCGGUCUCCGACGUGUUUGGCGGAGGUGCAGGCGACAACGUGGCAACGGAACAAUCUGAACAAGGUGCUAAGGAGAUUCGGAUGGUUGUCUCUGAUCAACCUCGAAAGAGUAAUGCUAGAGGUGGUGGUGAUGAUAUCGGCGGUCUUGAUAGUGGAGAGGGAGAAAGAGAGAUAGAGAAAGCUACAGCAGGGCUGAAUAAAAUGGGGUCUAAUUCCACGGCGGAGCUAGAGGCGGCUGGUGGAGAUGGCGGCGGCAACAACGGAACACAUAUGCCGCCGACAAGUGUGAUGACACGACUGAUAUUGAUAAUGGUGUGGAGAAAGCUGAUCAGAAACCCAAACACGUACUCCAGUCUAAUCGGUCUCAUAUGGGCUCUUGUUGCUUACCGGUGGCAUGUGGCUAUGCCCAAAAUAUUACAACAAUCCAUCUCCAUACUCUCAGAUGCUGGUCUUGGAAUGGCUAUGUUCAGCUUAGGUAAACACUAACCUUGCUUCAUGCAAAUCUAGACUUGUUUUGAUGAUGAUCUAAUCUUUAAAGUUGGGUUCAAAUUUGUUCUCAUCUUAUCUGUUAAAAAAGAUUCAUUUAAUGCAAAGUGGGUCUGUGUGUUUAAUUAGUCGUAGUUGUCCAGCUUGUAAUUGGUAAAAGUCAUAUAAACUGUACAAAGCACUUACCCAAAGAGAGAAUCCUGACCCUCUGACCCAGACAUGUUGGUGUGUCCGGUCCCCACGCCGAGUCCCCACUGGCUCUGUCUACUUAUUUGGGUCUCACCAAGUAGAUGACCUAACUCUUUGCUGUCAAUUUUCUCAAAUCCUUUUAGUUAAUGAAUUGCUUAUUUUUGGUGUAAUUUUAAGGUUUAUUCAUGGCACUUCAACCCAAAAUCAUUGCUUGUGGGAACUCUGUCGCCACGUUUGCCAUGGCGGUCAGAUUUAUAACCGGUCCGGCCAUCAUGGCUGUUGCUGGGAUUGCCAUUGGCUUACACGGCGACCUUCUCCGUAUAGCCAUCGUUCAGGCUGCGUUGCCUCAAGGAAUAGUUCCGUUUGUGUUUGCAAAAGAGUACAAUGUGCAUCCCACGAUUCUAAGCACUGGGGUCAUAUUUGGAAUGUUAAUAGCCUUACCUAUAACUCUGGUCUACUAUAUUCUUCUUGGCCUUUGAAUUGGUCCCUUCAGUAUCAACUGGCUUUUGAGAGAGCCUCGGAGAUUGGGCUAUUUAUUUCUCGGUAACGAGGAAAUAAGCAAAGCCUUUAUUUUUCGUGGGAAAGAGUGGAAGGUGAAGAAGAAGAUAUGCCUUUGGUUUUUGGUUCCAAUAUUUGUGGAACACAACAAAAGUACUUAGGAUUUAGUGAACAAGACUUGAAUGGAUUAAGGAUCUUGUCUUCAUUAGACGCCAAGAAGAAAAAAUCUCUCUUCCUUACCUUUAUUUUUUCAUUUUCUGUUUUUGUUAAUUUAUGUGUAGAUUUUGGCUAAGCAGAUAUGUAAUAUGCACCUUUUUUUAUUAAUUGAAGUUUCUAGUUAAGUGGUUUAUACUGAAACUAGCUUAUGAGUUGGAUUGAAAUAGUCCUAUAC